CCCACUAAACCCGCAUACCCGUUUCCCGCCCACCGGCCCAACCGGUCACCCCCCCAAACUUCAAACUUAGGACUACAUUUCUCGUGCAUUUCAAUGCCAUUUCAUUUCAUCUCUCCUCCUAUCCUAUAUCUCCGGGAAUUAAAUUUAAAUUCAACCCAAAUUUCUUUCAUUUCAUUUCAAUUUCACGUUCACCUUGCCGGACGUCAUUUUCUCGCUCUGAUUCUGUUUCCUCGGUACCAUCUAUUGUAGAAGUAGAAGCUUCGACCUUUUGUUAUUUUUUUUAUUCUUGUUCGUUGUUAUUGCGUUGUUCUCUCCGUUGCUCUUUCGCUGCCUGAUCGUGAGUGCUUGUAACUCUCUUUCCCCUCUAGAUCUCUUGCUGAAAUUUGAUCCAGAUGGUGAUAUAGAGCCAAUUGAAGCAUGUGCAGUGGUCCAGAACGAUCAGAAUCGUCAUCGACUCCAUCUGUGUCAACUGUAGAAAUCACAUCUAACACCAAAGACAUGAAUAACCCAACUGUUCAAGCUGAAAGUUCUUUUUCCAGCUUACUCGAUCUUGCUGCUAACAAUGAUGUUGCAGGCUUUAAGCAAUCUGCAGAGAAGGAUGCUUCUUUAAUUGAUGAGGUUGGACUCUGGUAUGUUCGCCAGAAAGGCUCAAAACAAAUUGUUCUUGAGCAUAGAACUCCAUUAAUGGUUGCUGCAACCUAUGGAAGUGUUGAUGUUCUUAAAUUUAUACUCUCUCAUUCUGGGGUGGAUGUAAAUUUCUCGUGUGGCCAAGAUAAAACCACUGCUCUUCACUGCGCCACUUCUGGUGGAUCAAUUAACACAGCUGAUGUUCUGAAGCUGCUUUUAUUAAUGGGUGCUGAUCCAAAUCGUACUGAUGCCAAUGGUCUUCGCCCCAUUGAUGUUCUUAUUGUUCCUCCAAAGAUGCAAAGCAUGAGAGUGGCUGUUGAAGAGCUUCUCUCUAACAAUGCUUCCGACAGCUCAUUUAGUGAGCACCAUCUGCGAGUAUCCAUUAGUUCCUCUUGUUCAGACUCACCAACCCUUUCCUCAUCCCCGGAAAAUGGAUUGCCAUCUUAUCCUUCAGAGUUGGUAUCUUCUCUAAUGGCUUCAAAGUUUAAUGAUAUACCUGUUAGUUAUGCAUUGGAGAAGAAAGAGUACCCUGUUGAUCCUUCCCUCCCUGACAUUAAGAACAGUAUCUAUGCAACAGAUGAGUUCCGCAUGUUCUCAUUCAAAGUUCGGCCUUGUUCUCGAGCGUACUCCCACGAUUGGACUGAGUGCCCUUUUGUGCACCCUGGAGAAAACGCUCGCAGAAGAGACCCAAGGAAGUACCAUUACAGCUGUGUGCCUUGCCCUGAGUUCCGAAAGGGGGCAUGUAGGCGUGGGGAUAUGUGUGAAUAUGCUCAUGGAGUUUUUGAGUGCUGGCUCCACCCGGCUCAAUACCGGACUCGGCUCUGCAAGGAUGGUACAAGCUGCAAUAGACGGGUCUGUUUUUUUGCUCACACAGCCGAGGAGCUUCGUCCCUUGUAUCUAUCUACCGGAUCUGCUGUCCCAUCACCUCGCUCAUCUGCCUCUGCUCAUGGUGUGAUGGACAUGGCUGCUGCAAUGAGCUUAUUACCUGGGUCUCCCUCAUCUAUCUCUGCUCUGUCGCCUUCUCCAUUCGCUCAACCCAUGUCUCCAUCUGCAAAUAAUGGCAUGUCACAGUCAUCCAUUGCAUGGCCCCAGCCAAAUGUACCAACCCUUAGUCUUCCUGGAAGCAAUCUUCAGUCCAGUCGCUUGAGAUCAUCCUUUAGUGCCCGUGACAUCCCACCUGAGCAUUUGAGUGUGAUGCAGGAUUUUGAUGCCCAGCAACAUCUUCUUAAUGACUUGACUUGUUUUUCACAGUCAUGGUCCAAUAACGUCCCUGCUAACCGUCCUGGUCGGUCCAAGACACUAACACCUUCAAACCUUGAAGAGCUAUUUUGUGCGGAGAUCUCUUCAUCUCCCCGGUAUUCUGAUGCAGCAGCUUCUGUUGUUUUUUCCCCUGCUCACAAAUCUGCUGUUCUUAAUCAAUUCCAACAGCAGCAGAGCAUGUUAUCACCCAUUAACACGAAUGUAUUCUCCCCCAAAAAUGUCGAUCACCCUUUAUUGCAGGCUUCAUUUGGUAUCCAAUCCCCUGGAAGGAUGUCGCCUAGAAGUGUGGAGCCAAUCUCCCCAAUCGGCUCUCGACUCGCUGCAUUUGCGCAGCGUGAGAAACAGCAUCAACAGCUGCACAGCCUCAGCUCGCGGGAUCUUGGAAGCAACAACCAAGCCUCCAUUGGUUGUUCUCCUGUAAAUUCUUGGGCAAAAUGGGGAUCGCCAAAUGGAAAAUUGGAUUUGUUAGUUAAUGGAGAUGACAUGGGGCGACUACGUAGAUCAUCAUCAUUUGAGCUUGCUAACAAUGGGGAGGAGCCUGACUUGUCAUGGGUUCAGUCUCUAGUUAAGGAAUCACCGACUGAGUUGAUGAAAGAGAAGUUGGCAGUUUCAGCCUCUAGGGCUGCAUCAUCUGGUGAAGGUUUGAAUUCUAAUUCUCAAAGUGAAUCCAUUGAUCAUUCUGUAUUAGGAGCUUGGCUUGAGCAGAUGCAGCUUGAUCAACUCGUAGUAUGACGAAAGUAAAUUCUUUUUUGUUCAUUGAGAUUGGUUAAAAGAAAUCGGUGGGUACAUAAAAUUUUUUGUGGGUUACUUUUUGCCGGUUUUGAAGGUCAAGUGGAGAAGUUAACAGUAGGAAAGUUGGAAAUUGGUGGUUAAGGCCUAAGAGUGAAGAAUGACUGGAUAAAGUGAGGAUAUGAUUCGUUUUUUUUUUUUCACAAUUUGUUGUUUACAGCUGAAUUCUGAAGAGAAAGAAGCUUACUCUGGGCUAAUAUUAAAGAAAUCUAGUCCAGGUUAGGUAUCUCUCUAAAUAUCUGUUUCUAGGCUUACUGUUAUUCUUGAACUUCAUAUUCAACCUUAAGGGAAGCAUGAUAAAUUGCAACGGGGUCGUUAGCUCGGUAUUGGGUAGUGUGACAGAAAAGAGGGAGGCAAUAUGUUUAUUUGAUGAUGUAAAACUGACUAAAGUUGUUAUGAUAUCGAUACCUUUAUUUUUUGUUCCCCAGUAAUGGAUGUACCCCGUCUCUCUUUUUUC